CUUGCCAGCUUUACCUACACUCUUCCUUACCUAACCCCCAAACCCCACCAACCCCUGAGACUUUCUUAUUCUUGAUUGGGUGGGUUUUAAUCUAUAUUUUUCUUUCUCCAUCCUCGCCACCUAUUCUCAGUUCUCUUCUCUUCUCUUUCAACUCAAAAAUGGAGGCCACCAAGCUAUUGGGAUCCCAAUUGUUUCCUGCCAUGUCCGCCAUUUCAUCGUCAAAAUCUCCCAAGUUUGCCUUUCCAAUAUGGAAAAAUUGCAACUUUCAGGUUUCCAUUUCAGGGUUUCCAAACAAUGGCUUCCAAUUCCAAUCAAUUCAGCCCUCUGCAUCCCUCGGAAUGAAGAAUCCGACUAGAAUAGACGAAAGUGAGAUCUAUACUCUUGACGGAAUAAGAAGCUCUCUAAUUCGACAAGAGGAUAGCAUUAUAUUUAGCAUUGUGGAAAGAGCUCAAUAUUGUUACAAUGAGGAUACAUACGACCCCAAAGCUUUCUUCAUGGAUGGUUUCCAGGGCUCAUUGGUCGAGUUCAUGGUCCAAGAAACCGAAAAGGUUCACGCCAAGGUUGGGAGAUACAAGAACCCCGACGAGCAUCCCUUUUUCCCUAACGACUUGCCUGAACCUCUGUUGCCACCAUUGCAGUACCCACAGGUGUUGCAUCCUAGUGCAGAUGCAAUCAAUAUCAAUCGCAAGAUAUGGGAUAUGUAUUUUAAAGAUCUUCUUCCUAGACUCGUCAAGAAAGGAAACGAUGGUAAUUGUGGAUCAACUGCAACCUGCGACACCAUUUGCUUGCAGGCCCUCUCUAAACGGAUCCACUACGGUAAAUUUGUAGCAGAAGCAAAGUUUCGAGCUUCACCAGAUGAUUAUGAAGCUGCCAUUAAAGCACAAGAUCGCGGGAAACUGAUGGAUUUGUUGACAUAUCCGAUUGUGGAGGAGGCGAUUAAGAAAAGGGUAGAAACAAAAGCGAAGACUUAUGGGCAAGUGGUUGACGUGAAAGAUUCACCGGAGCCGGUGUACAAAAUAAACCCAAGCUUAGUUGCAGAUCUUUAUGGGGAUUGGAUUAUGCCCUUGACUAAACAAGUUCAGGUUGAGUAUUUGUUGAGAAGACUUGAUUGAACCAUGAAAUUUAUGGUAUUUUACACGAUCGAUGUCAUGGUGCUUCUGGAAGUUUCAAUCCACAUGAUAUCUGUUGUCUAUUGACUAUUAUGUGUUAUAGGGAUCAAAGUUAUGGAUAUACGAUGGUGAGAUAAUAAUAAAGAGAUUGUAAUUUAGUAACGUCAUUGUCUAGAAAACCACUAUACAAAUGUUUAAACUGAAGCAUGUGUUGGAUACCGGGUCUAAAGGUUGUAAAUCAUUUAUGUUGAUUAGGUCGAUUAAGAAUGAUAAUUUACGAUUUCAUUAAUGUAAUUCUUAUUGUUAUGAAGUGGUUGGUUUUCUUUGUUUAUUAGCACCACGUUUGACUCUUGAUUCAUGUAAUGUAAUCCUAGUAAUUGUUUGAACAUACACAUAUUGCUAUGUCACAUAGAUAUCAUAUUUGAAAUAAAGAGAAAUUAUCGAC